AUUGGAUUGGUGCUUAGGUCCCUUGCUAAGUCUCUCCUUCUCUUGGAUAGCGCCGUCCAAGCUCUGCCGUUGGAUCCACCAGUCGAGUCAAUCUUCUCGGUACGGUUGGAAUUCAUAAAAAGCAGCAAGCCGAAUCAACCAUUCGCAGUCUUUCUGAUCUUCUUCAGAGCUGACAAGAACGACCUACUCUCAGCAAACAUGGAGAGAAUCAUCCGUCCUGUGUCGAAGCAGUUGUUGCGAUCGCGACCGCGAUAUCCCUUCUCCGUCCCUCCGCCUAUCUACCCCAAGCGGCUCUACACAGCCGGCUACACAGUGCCUCCGCUGAAAGAUAAGUCGCUCUUUAUUCAAAAGGCUUACGUCAAUGGCGAGUGGGUUGACGCGGAGUCGGGAAAAGCCUUCGAGGUUCGCGAUCCUGCCACCGGGCAACUCAUCGGAACAUGCCCCGAAUUCAGUGCUAGAGAUACCGAGAAAGCCAUCCAAGCUGCCACAGAGGCAUUUCCCAAAUUCCGCACAACCCUCGCCCGGGAGCGAGCUCGGAUGUUGCGACGAUGGUACCAACUAAUGAUGGACAAUGCCGAGGAUUUGGCUACGUUAAUCACAUGGGAGAAUGGAAAGCCGCUCGCCGAUGCAAAGGGCGAGGUAAACUAUGCCGCGAACUUCUUUGAGUGGUUCAGUGAAGAGGCUCCCCGAGUGUACGGCGAUACUAUCCCAGCGUCUGUGGCUGAAAACCGAGUAAUGACUCUGAAACAACCUGUUGGUGUCUGUGGUUUUAUUACCCCUUGGAACUUCCCCGCAGCUAUGAUCACACGAAAGAUUGGCCCUGCUCUCGCUGCAGGUUGUACUGUGGUUACAAAAACUCCAGGAGAGACCCCAUUCACUGCCAACGCCUUAGCAGAGCUGGCUCACCGCGCGGGCAUCCCCAAGGGCGUGGUCAAUUUCGUCACUGCUUUGAAUAACACUCCCGAAAUUGGCGAGGUCAUCACCACGCACCCCGAUGUGCGCAAAGUCUCUUUCACCGGCUCCACCAAUGUUGGAAGGUUGCUCAUGAAGCAAGCUUCAUCGACAAUUAAGAAGGUAUCUUGGGAACUCGGUGGAAACGCUCCGUUCAUCGUCUUCGAUGAUGUCGAGGACCUUGAUGCCGCCGUAGCAGGCGCCGUGGCCUCUAAGUUCCGAAGCUCCGGCCAAACCUGUGUCUGUGCCAACCGUAUUUUUGUGCAGAAGGGUAUCUACGAUGAGUUCGUCAAGCGCUUUGUUGCCAAGGUUAAGGAUUUCAAGGUUGGUGCCGGUUUUGAGGCAGGUAUCACUCACGGCCCCGUGAUCCACGACCGCGCCAUUGAGAAGGUCGACGAGCAUGUUCAGGACGCCGUUUCCAAGGGUGCCAAGCUUAUGACCGGCGGCCAAAGACUCUCCUCUCUUGGACCUAAUUUCUACGACCUUACCAUUCUGGCUGAAAUGACCAAGGACAUGAAAAUUGCCUCAGAAGAGACAUUCGGUCCCGUGGCCGGAUUGUUCCCCUUCGAGACCGAGAAGGAAGUUGUCGAACUAGCGAACAAGGCAGAGGUUGGUCUGGCCGGGUACUUCUUCAGCGGCAACGUCCAGCGUAUCUUCCGUGUCGCUGAGGCUUUGGAGGUUGGUAUGGUCGGCGUCAACACCGGUCUCAUCAGUGAUGUCGCUUCUCCAUUCGGUGGCGUCAAGCAAAGUGGAUUCGGCCGAGAGGGCAGCAGGUAUGGAAUUGACGAGUUCCUUGUGAUUAAGAGUGUCACCUUUGGCGGAAUGGGUGGACCUCUUCAGUCAUGAGGUCAUCAUCCCUAAUAAUGAAAUUAAUUUAUGUAACUAUACACUUUGAAAGACUCUGAUGAUAUGACUAUAUCACCAAAUCCUGACCUCAAGACACCUAUUCAAUUGUUCCCACGAAGCCUAAUGACCAUGAAUAAAUUUCAACGAAUCUG